AUGCUCUUUAAUAAAUAUAAAAAAAAGUUUACAAACACCAAACGGAGGUACUGUGAUGCACCCGAAAUUGCCUUGCAAAAGAGCAGAAGAAUAUUCAACCUGUUUGCAGACGAGGAAUCGUUAAAAAAUCUGAUUUUAGAAAAUUAUUUUAAGAUCAUUUUAGAAAAAAUUUUUGAGAAUUUCCAGACAAGGAAUUACAUCUUCGAAGUGUUCAUCCAUGUGGAUAUUCUAAAAUUAGUAGACUCCACGAACUAUGCGGACUGUCACAUCACGAAAAACUUCGUCGCGUUUACCAACGCGUUUAACGAAGUUUCAUACUCCCUGUUGUCCCAAUUUGGGGAGCGUUUAAAGAGGGAGAAACCCGAAGAUGACAUGGUGGAAUAUCUGAACAUUAUCAUAAGCUGCAAUUUUAUUUUCAUCACGCUCAUUCCUCUAAACACCCCCAUAAAAACCGAUUGCAUCCUUAAUCUGGCCACUGUGAACAACCUAGGGAGCCAUUUUUAUCACGUGAUUGAACUGAUUAAUGCGACACUGAUGAGCACAGAUAAGAAGAGCUUUUUGUAUAAAAAGCUUUACAUGAGAGUAUGUGAUUGCUCAAGGAAGUACUUGCCGCACCAGAAUAUAAUUGUGAAAAUGAAUAAGCUUGGGAAAAUGGACGACAACAAGGCAGAUAAGGAUGUGUGCGAGUUGUGCUCAACGAAGCAGUACGAGGAAGUGAUCCAGAAGAGGCAGUUCAAAAAUUUUUACAUCUUGAAGUUUUCUUUCACCCAAGCGAUGGAUGAGUACAGCAGCAGGGACGAAUGCACAACGUUUGAAGUUUUAUACCAAGAUGUAGCGGAAAAGAAUGAGACGUUUGAAAUUGGGAUGAAAUACAAUUUGAUAGUUGUAUCAAUACCUAACCAGCCAAAUAAGAACAGCAUCAAGGGGGCGCGCGUCGGGAACCUUUGGCUCCUGAAUUAUAGGAAGGACAAAACAAAAAAGCUCGAAUGCAGCUCGCUGUCGGCGGCAGAACACACAGACCUGAUGUUGUCUACCGAAAGAUUUAACUGUUUGCUGCAAACCCAAAAUUUAGAAGCUGCAGAUAUGAGCAAAAUCAUAAGCGACAUCCUGAAUCUGCCGCCCAAUAUUUCCUGCUUGAGCAAAAUUUGCAGAACGACAAAGCUAACCCUAAUUUUAAUUAGCAUAUGCAGCAACAUAUUGAGGUACGCUAAGUUAGACACGUUAGCGCACGACUUGUACAACAAGCUACACACAAACAAAUGGGUCGGUGGGGACGCCUCGCGGCAUGCCCUAACGGGAGUCAGAGCCCCGCACUGCUUCUUCAUUUGUCUAGAUGAAGUAAUAAUGGUGAACUUGGUUAAAUUUUGCAAUUAUUUCUGUAACAUUAAGAUUCUACACGUUAAGGCAGAUUCUUUCAAUAUAUUGUUUACGCAAAAGUAUGACAUCCUCGUAAUCAACAUAAAUAAUUUGAACAGCCUCCAAAUUAAUGUACUGGUGGAAUUAAUGAAGAACGGCGUGUACAGGUGUAAGAAGGCGCUGUUCCCGGUGUCCACGACAUUUUGGGUCUACGCAGUGAAGUCUUAUAUACGGAGUGAGCAGGAAUUCAACACCUAUAUUAAGCGGAACCUCUUGGCACGAUUCGAUUUCGUAUUCGAACUGAGCUUUGAUGGUGAGGACGACAUCAUCGACGAGAUCUUAGAAAGCACGGAUGAAAAUGGAAAGGAAAAUUGCGACUUUUAUUUUGAACUGAAUAAGAAUUACUCCUAUUUGAAGAAAAGCCAUUUGACCCAUUUUGAAUUCAAAGGGUUGUGCAGUGUAACCAAGUCCAUCAUCCAGAAGUACUUUAGCAUGGCUGCUGAUUUAUCAACUUUGACUGUACACCACAUAGGGAUAUGUGAGUUGCUAUGCAUUAGUGCGUCUCUGCUAUUUAAGAAGAAGGAAUGCCUCAUUGAGCAUGUGGUCUUGGGACUGUUUUUAUACGACAAAUUUGUAUCUUCCACAAAAAAUAAGUUAACCCAAUUUGACAAAAGCAUACUGGACAACGUGAUGAAUUCGCGGGAUGAGGAAAGCUACUCCUUUCAGAAAUUAAUGAAUUAUUUUUCCUCCUAUUUGGGUGCAACGAUGAGUAUGCAGUAA